UUCAAAAAGCUUUUUAUUCUUCUAAGCUCUAGUGCCUAAAUAAAGAGAUGGUUGCUAAGAGAUUUUGCAAAGCAUCAUUAAGAGGGUAUGAUUUGCUCUUUUCCAUACCUUCCAUGCACAGGUUUCAGAUCAGAAUUUGAAUUCAAAUCAGUAACUGGGAUGGCGGCGUCCCAAAAUAUUUCUGUGUUGAAAUUGUGACCAUGGACAGAAUACAAGGAGAACAUGCCAGUUCUGUGCCACCUGGAGAACAAGACACAGGACUAACUGUGUUAGGAAAAGUAUAUGGGUUCUUUCAGAUUUGUGAUCUGGAAAGCAAAGGAUUCAUCACUUGUCAAGACAUGCCAAGACUGCAUUGUCAGUUACCUCUUAGCCUGGAAGAACUUGAAAAAGUUUUUGUUACAUUGGAUGCUGAUGGAAAUAGCUCACUUACGCUAAAGGAAUUCACCGCAGGAUUCAGUGACCAGUUUCUUAUGGAGCAGAUUACGUUGAAUAAGGAGAUGAUGCAGCAGUCAGAAGGUGAAACAGUCUGCCAACUUAAGGGCAAAGAGAGCAUGAGUGAUGAUAAGGAUGAAGAAUUUCAGUUCUCAGAUCUGAUGGAUUGACUUGGAGCUAAGAAGGUUUGUGAUGAUGAGAAUGAUGUGAAACAACUUUGGUUGCAGCUGAGAAAAGGUGAAUCUCAUUUACUUCCUAGUUUUGAAGAGUUCCUGGUCAGAAUUUUUUCCCAGCUCCAAGAAGCAGAUAAUGAAAAGAACAAGUUGGAAUGUGCUGUAAAAAAGUUAGAACUUCUCUUUUUGGAGCAGCAAUGUACAGAACUUCUCAGUAGCAAAGAAGAAAUCAAAGUAGAGAACACCAAGCUGAAGCAGACUAACCAGGAGCUGCAGAGAGACCUAGAGAGAAAGUCUCACAAACUAAGCCAGGCUCAAAAACAGUGACAGAUGCUUCAGGAGGAGGCAUCAAGACUACACGAGAAGAAGGAAAUGGAGGUACACUGAGUGACAGAAACCUUGCAGAGACAAAAGGCAGGACUUCUGAAGCAGCUGUAUUUUUUAAGAUGCCCAGGUGUUGGCAGCAGAACGCUGCAAGGACAGCCUCUGUGCCAGGGAGAAGAGGCGGGGGCUGCCCCAGGCCAGGUCCCCAGGCGGUCCCAGCUGGCUGCAAUGGACCCACCGCAGGGCACAGUUGAGCCCAGCAGCAGCAGUGGUGGUGCAUCUGGGAAAGCGUGUUUAAGAAAGGGCAGAAAACACUGUAUGCAAAUGGAAUAUACUUAUGAAGGCGGGGAGGACGAAUUCCCACAAAUUACCACCAAAGAGGUUCUGUAUACUGCUACGGAAUUAGCUAAACUUCAAAAGGAAUUCUGUCGUACUGCAAAAGAAUCAGAAACUGACUGCGUUUGGAGAGUAUCGCUGUCUGGGGGAGAUCACAUUUUACUAAGUGAGAAGGAAGCUGAGUGGUAUUGGGGGCUAGGAGCAUUUUUAACCACCCAUAAGCACCGCGCACCCUGGUCCUUAACUCAAAGAGCAGCUUAUUGGGCUGGAGGAGUUAACAUUUUGGAAAGGGGAGAUCCAUUCGCCAUCACAGGGACAGUCGACUGGUUGAUAGAAAAUGUACAGAAAGCGGAUUACAAUUUAAUUUUCUAUGAACACAGUGCAUAUUCUGGGUAUAAUACCAAGAAGUCUAUGUUUCACUUAGCUAGGAUUUUAAAGGAACACAGAGAUAAAGUGAAAGAGAAAACCACUGAACUUCAAGCUGAUAUGAAUAAAAAGUCUUGCUGUGUCAGGCCAUAA